AUGAAGAUUGCAAUUAUAUUAGGUUUUAUAGUGUGCUUGGUUAAUGCAUUUCCUUUGAUUUUCCCCGAAUGGACAACAAACGCAAUUUCAUUUUUUGCCAAUGACGGUUAUCUGAACAGUGACAGAUUAAUCAAAUUAGGCCCAGAAAACUAUAGAAUUGUUUCGGAGAACGAGAAACUAAACUUGAAAAGAAAUAAUAUCAAUUUCAUCGACGUCACUAAUCAAAUUCCCAUUGAGAGUGCAAUUGAACAGGGUUUAACUUUAAAGCCAAAUCCUCCUUCGCUUUGGCGGAAAUUUCAAUUAAUGGGUUCCAAACAAAUUACAACUUUAAAGAAAAAAAUCCCAGUAUAUAACUACCCUAAACAUCCUAAAUUUGCAAAAGAAAUAUUUAAUAUUUUCCAAUCGAUAGAUGUUGAGUUUAUGCAAGAAAAAUUAAGCAAGUUUACUUCUUUUUACACUAGAUAUUAUAAAUCAGAUUAUGGUAUUGAAAGUGCCGAAUGGUUGUAUCAACAAAUCUCAGAUAUUAUUGCUCCAGUUAAAGACACGGUAGUCAUAUCUAAGAUUGAACACAAAGGAUGGAAACAGUUUUCUAUUGUUGUUUCUAUUCCAGGACAAGUGAGUGAUAAAGUUAUUGUUGGUGCCCAUCAAGAUUCUGCCAACUUGAUUUUGCCAAAUUUAAUGAAAGCACCAGGUGCAGAUGACGAUGGAUCAGGGACGGUUGCAAUUUUGGAGUCAUUACGUCUUUUGAUUACUUCGUAUAAAGAUGGCACUUUCAAGCCAUACAAUACUUUAGAGUUCCAUUGGUAUUCUGCUGAAGAAGGUGGGUUAUUGGGUUCGAUUGAUGUUUUCACUAGAUACUCAGAAAGCAAUCAAGUUGUAGUAGGGAUGUUGCAACAAGAUAUGACUGGCUACACUCAAGGAUCGAUUGAUCAAGGCAUUGAGCCUCAUUUCGGAUUGAUUGCAGAUUACACUAGUGUUGAGUUGAACAAUUUCUUGAAACAAAUAAUCACAAGCUACAACUUCAUUCCUUAUCAUGAGUCUCAAUGUGGAUACGCUUGUUCUGACCAUGCAAGUGCAUUGGAGAAUGGGUAUCCAUCUUCAUUCUUAAUAGAAAGUGAAAUGAAAUAUACUAACAAGUACAUCCAUUCUACGAUGGAUACAAUUGACAGAUUGGACUGGGCUCACAUUAAAGAGCAUGUCAAGUUAACUAUUGCUUAUGCAUACGAAUUAAGUUUAGCUAUAAAUCUUUAUUAA